CGUUUUUUUUUCAAGGAAAGUCAUUCCAGUUCCAUGGCUGACACAAAAAGCUUUCAUUUUACGAUCAAUUAAUUUCAUUUAACAACUGAAGUCAUUUAUUAUGAAGUGUAAGAUGUGGACACGUUUUAAAGCACUUUUUUAAGGGCAGUCAUGUCAACGGUAGGGACAUUAAUGCAUCUUGGAGCGAUGAGAAUCUCAUUUCAGUUAAAAGAAGGAAUACAACAGGCUGUUAUGUGAGAUCAGACGGUCAAACCAUAAAACAUUUGCUCAAUUUUGCUUCUGGCGAAAUCUCAAAUUUUGUUUUGCUCUUCUGGUGAGAUUUAGAAUCUUGGUGGUUAGAUUGGUACCAAAGGAGCUCAAAGACAAGGAUAUGCCAUAAUUAUGAUACGAGCGACCCAAAAACCGACAAUACCCCCUGGUAAAAAGACUUGGGAAUAUCGGUCCAUGUAAACAAAUGAUGCAGAUAUAGCCUGCAUGCCUGCCUCAUAUUGGAUUACAGCGAUUGAUGAUCAAACCAUUUGUUCUCAUUGGUUAUGUGUGAAAUUUUGGCGUCCUGAGGCUCACUUGCUUUGCUAGCCAAUAGCUUUGACCGACAUCCCGGUUACACCAUAGACCUCUCUAGCAAUUCUGAGUUUAAUCUUGCGAGAAAUUUAAUCGCUUUUGAGUCAAGUCGUGCACCAUUGACUCUCAUCAUUGGGCUCUCAGUCCCGCCAUCUGUGGAUCGUACAAGGCUAAACUUUGGUUUAUUUUUUAUAUCAAGCCUUCGCAGAGCUGGGUUCGAUUGGGGAAAUAUCAUGAUGUCUAUUGCCGACCCGUUACUAUCGACGGUGAAUGUUUUCAAAGCUGAGAGCAGAGAGAAGAAUCUUAGUGAUAUCACAGAUUGGAAUUACGACUUUCAUACGCUUUGGAGUGAAUUUGAAACAUCAUCAAGUGAUGGCUCGACAUCUGACAGCGCAGAUGAUAAUUUCACGGUGGAUAUCGUGGAGUUUCUCGCAAACAGCUCGCAACAGUCUAAAAGCGAAACCCCCGAGAAAGCAGUGCAGGUGAAGCAAGAACCCACAGAGUGUAGCGAAGACUGGAGCUCAGGGAAACGACCACAGGAGGAAAGUGAACACAACAGGGACCUGGCAGGCUCUCCGCCAAACCUGCAGCCUGUAGCUGUGGCGUAUGUGCAGCAAAACUAUCAGCAACAGAUUGGUGACUGUUUUCAAAAACGAUCUGUAGAGAAUUUUAUUGUCAACGAGUCUACAAGUCCAAUACUUAUUCCAUCUCUGCAAGAGGCAAACGGACCGAUUUAUAUUUCCCCUACCACUGCGGUGGCACAUCAAUUCGCAACUAUGCAGCCGCAAUAUAUAUUGACUGUGGCGAAUCCUGCAGGGCCUAGCCAGUGCUAUCACCUAGUUCCUUCCCAUGAACGACAUAACAUUUACACUACUGUUACGAAAGCACCAUGUGCGGAAACGUGCUAUUCAUCAAACGGCUUCAACAUAAAUGAAAGUUGUUGUCUCCCGGAUGGCCGAAGUAUCAUCGUAAACCCAACUGCAGUUUUACCCCAAGUUGUCCUAUCGUCCAGUGUGGAAAUAGGCCCAUCAGAGCUGAGUGGAAAAUUCAAGGUUGCUCCCAUCCCAAGUGAAAAUUUACAAAAUUUAACUACAUCUGCAAUGGUGGGUGCGCAUUCUGUUUCCGUAGAGGGGAAAUUACGAAAUGGAAUUGAAAAAAUGGAUUAUACGCUAGAUAUCGGACUUGAAAAUCAAUUGAUAUCAAAAAAGGACUCUUCUUUUGACAACAGUGCACUUAAGCGUAACGUCUCUGUACCUCGCACACAUCAGUGCUCACAUCCUGGUUGUAAGAAAUCAUACACGAAAAGCUCGCAUUUGAAAGCACAUCAAAGAACCCACACGGGCGAGAAACCUUAUGCGUGUACGUGGGAAGGUUGCACGUGGAAAUUUGCACGAUCCGACGAGCUUACACGACACUAUAGGAAGCAUACAGGACUUCGACCAUUUAAAUGUCUGAGAUGUAGUCGCACUUUUUCAAGAUCGGAUCAUUUGUCGCUGCACAUGAAAAGACAUACAAAUAGUUAAAUUCCUACCCUUAAUGGAUUAGAGAAAUUAUGUAGGCUGGAUCUUUUAAAAGCAUCUUAGGGAAAAUGUAAAAUCCGUAUUAUAGAACCAUA